GAGAUUAAGAUUUAGUUCGACACCCGGCGCCUCUGGACGGGUCUAUCUUCCCCGGCGUCUCUGGGCGGAUCAACCCCUUUCCCCGUCGUCUCUGGGCGGAUCAACCCCCUUCCCCGGCGUCUCUGGGCGGGUCUAUCUUCCCCGGCGUCUCUGGGCGGAUCAACUCCCUUCCCCGGUGUCUCUGGGCUGAUCAACCCCUUCCCGGCGUCUCUGGGCGGAUCAGCUCCCUUCCCCGGUGUCUCUGGGCUGAUCAACCCCUUCCCGGCGUCUCUGGGCGGGUCCAACUUCAGAAUAAUUCUUCAGACUGAAACCCCAAUGAACAUUUAACCUUGAAAACAAAAAAAGUGAUGCGCGAAGUGCAUUGUGACGUGCUCAGAAAUGGGUUCUCAACAGAGUGCCACAGUAAAAGCAGAAUCGAAACAUCGACAGGAAUCAGAAUCUAAACCGAAGACAGAUAUGGUUUCUGGGCAAGUAGAACUAGCACGGAGAAUGGCAGAGAGACAGAUGGCUAUGCAGGUGGCCACUGUUCGCGAGAUGAUGGUCUGGUUUGUGCCCUUCACUUUAUCUUCAUACGGAUUUCUGUAUUACGGAUAUAUCAAAACAAACAGCUGGGUCGUCCUGUUCCCACUUAUUCCCAUUACCUUUGCUCUUGGAUACCAGUGUCAUUAUGCUUAUGGAAACAAAACAAAUUCAAUUAAAGGACUGGCCGAGAAAAUUAUGACGAAUGAAUCCCACAUGAUGAUGGUGCCAGAGUGGUCAAGCAGUUCCAGUGACUUAUUACAGAUAACUACUGAGAAAAAAUCAUUGCCAAGUGAAUCGCACUUUAUGAAAAAAGAAGUACGCCCAUCACUACAACCACAUCCUGAAGGAGUAUCAAAACCAUUAGCUACCAACCCUAAGCAGAGCUAAUGUGGAUUCUUUCAGUGAUUCUCAUGGUAUUACGGCUCUUAAAUUUUCCAUAUUUCCCCGUAGUUUUCAGUCAAACUUCCAUCCCAAAUCACUCGUAUAUUCGUGAAUAAAUUGUAUACUAUCA